AGCGCAGCGCAGCGUAGAGAAAUGGGAGAAUCAUCCAUAUCCAUAUUCCUAUUACCAGCUAUCCCUAUCCCCACCCACACCCACACCCACAUCCACCCGCACCCAGGCUUUCAGAAGCAAAUGGCUUUAUAAUCAGCCUCAGUCACCCACUCGGUCUCGUCUGUUCAGGUGUAAAGAUGGGGUGAAGCACCGAUGAAUGGGAUCGGCAUGGCCAUGUCGAUGGGUGGAGGGUGGAUAAAAGCCCAGCUUCUCUUCAAUGCCUCCCCCUCGCUCUCGCCCUUCGCCCAUAUUUCGCUUGUGCAAGUGCUUGCCGUCAAGCUUGCAGGUGUCCAGCCAGCUUCCCACUUCCACCGUUUCUCGGCCAUCGGUGGGCCAUAUCUUGAGCUCCCCUUCCAAGCCAAAGCCUCUGUGUUGAAGCAAGACCUUAUUAAUUUGUCUUUUGUUGAAGCCAUCGCCAUCGCCAUCACCAUCACCAGCACAUUGCACAUUGCACAUUGCACCUACUCCGUAAAGAAGAACCAAGCACCUUACUUCGUAGUUUCCAGCAGCGGCAGCGCCAUCAGCACCCGCACCCGCACCCGCACUUGUACCUUACGCGAGGGCGAGGAGCUCCGUCACAUCCAGCUCCCUUUUCACCUUCCGCCUCCUAACGCCGAAUCUACCCCUACCUAGCCCAGCAACCCAGCGACCCCGCAUAGCACCAGCGCCCUCAGCAACUUCCAGAAACUUUCCCAAUCCUUCUUCACCCACAUCGACAUCUUCCUUCGCCCUCAUAUUGCUACCUACUCCCUACGCCUCCACCCACUCUUAUUCCCUUCCAACAUUUCCAUCAUGUCGAGCACGUUGAUCAAGGCCGACGAGCCAGCCAAUGCUGGGUAAGUAACUUUCUUGCCCGCGAUACGUCACCUUUCCCGAGUGGUCCUGAUUCCCCCUCAAUUCCGAGCCUCAACAACACCCCAAUCAACGACCAACAAGAGCGACGCCUGAAAACAUGGUGAAAGCUGCUGAGGGAUGCAAAGACUCGAUUGGAAAAAUCCUCUGGUCAAUGGCGGUGGUAAUUGUCCAGAACUUUAAUGCUAACAACGUUUGUGUGCCCCACUAGUUCCAUCGAGCUCAAGGAUAACACUGUCGUUGUGGUUUUGGGUGCUUCUGGUGAUCUUGCCAAAAAGAAGACGGUAAAAAGAUAAUUUGCCAUAUCCUCCAAUGCACAGCUAACAGAUGCAACGGUAGUUCCCAGCCUUGUUUGGUCUUGUAAGUACAGCAUCCCCGGCAUCCCCGGCCUCAGCUCUAACCACCCUCAUAGUACCGCAACCAAUUCCUGCCGAAAGAUAUCAAGAUCGUCGGGUAUGCGCGAACGAAGAUGGAUCACGAGGAAUACCUCAAGCGGGUCAGAUCCUACAUCAAAACUCCAACGAAGGAUAUGGAGCAACAACUCAAUGACUUCUGCUCCUUCUGCACCUACGUGUCGGGACAAUAUGAUAAAGACGAGUCCUUUAUUCAACUACGAGAACAUCUCGAAGAGAUUGAGAAAGGCAGAAAGGAAGCAAACAGAGUCUUCUACAUGGCAUUACCACCAAGUGUUUUCACAUCAGUAUCCCAACAAUUGAAGAGAAACUGUUACCCAAAGAGUGGAAUUGCAAGAGUCAUUGUAAGAUACAUCCAUCGCAAUCUUGUUUGAUGGUGUCUAACAGUACCCCAUGUAGGUCGAGAAACCAUUCGGAAAGGAUUUAGCUAGUUCUCGUGAACUGCAAAAGGCCUUGGAACCCAACUGGCGGGAGGAGGAGCUUUUCCGUAUCGACCAUUACUUGGGCAAGGAGAUGGUCAAGAACAUUCUGAUUUUGCGAUUUGGUAACGAAUUCUUUGGCGCAACCUGGAACCGCAAUCACAUUGACAACGUGCAAAUCUCAUUCAAGGAGCCAUUCGGAACCGAGGGUCGUGGUGGAUAUUUCGAUGAGUUUGGCAUCAUUCGAGAUGUCAUGCAGAACCAUUUGCUUCAAGUAUUGACACUUUUGGCCAUGGAGCGUCCAAUUUCAUUCUCGGCAGAAGAUGUUAGAGAUGAAAAGGUCCGAGUAUUGAGAGCGAUUCCAGCAAUUGAACCAAAAAAUGUCAUCAUUGGUCAAUAUGGCAAAUCUUUGGAUGGAAGUAAGCCUUCGUAUAAGGAGGACGAUACCGUUCCAAAGGACUCGAGAUGUCCCACCUUCUGCGCGAUGGUGGCAUUUAUCAAGAACGAGCGAUGGGACGGUGUUCCAUUCAUUCUCAAGGCUGGAAAGGCUCUCAACGAGCAAAAGACGGAAAUUCGAAUUCAAUUCAAGGAUGUUACCUCAGGUAUCUUCAAGGACAUUCCACGAAAUGAGCUCGUCAUGCGAAUUCAACCAAACGAGAGUGUCUACAUCAAGAUGAACUCCAAGCUUCCUGGAUUGAGCAUGCAAACCGUUGUUACCGAGCUCGACUUGACAUACCGAAGACGCUUCUCAGAUCUCAAAAUUCCCGAGGCAUAUGAAUCCCUGAUUUUGGACGCUCUCAAGGGAGAUCACUCCAACUUCGUCCGUGAUGACGAGUUGGAUGCUAGUUGGAGAGUUUUCUCGCCACUGCUCCAUUAUCUCGACGACAACAAGGAGAUCAUCCCAAUGGAGUACCCAUACGGUCAGUAAAUACUAGAAAGAAGAGAAGAAUUCGCCGCUAAUGUUUGAUAGGUUCCCGUGGUCCGGCAGUUCUCGAUGACUUCACAUCCUCCUAUGGCUACAAGUUUAGCGACGCAGCUGGGUAUCAAUGGCCAACCACUCGUAAGCAUCACCACUUUCUGAAAUCCAAUAUUUAGCUCUAGAGUGAAGUAUGGAACGUAAUUCAUACGGAAUCCUGCGCGUUACAUGUUUGGUUGAAUAACUUCGCUAACCUCCAUUGUUCAGAAACCGCGCCCAACAAAUUGUGAGGGAUUGUUAGAUAUAGAAUUUAGGAAACUAUAGACGGGAUGUAAUUCGAGACCAUAUGAGGCUGGGGAGGCAAUGUUCAUAGCUAGACUAUGAUGGGCUGUGCUGCACCAACGGAACUCUAUUUUCGCUCUGCGUGCUACCUCUCAUGCUGAAUGUUCCUCUUGUCGUGAGCGAGAAGGCUGAUUUUGGCGAAAGGGUUUUAGGUUCUCUCCCCUCAGAGACUCUGUUAUUGGGCAGCCUGGAAGUUGGAUGACACCUUUUGUAAGCGAUCUCAGGCUGGGAUUCUAGAUAGCUCUUUUUUCGUUAUUAGCGAGAAGAGAUUGCAUUCCUCGCAUUUAGAGUCUCAUGAUAUUUAUUGAUCCGAAGGACUGCAGAUGGUCCCUCCAAAGUCCCGUCUUCUG